AUGUCUGAGUGUCCAGUUCACACCAGCAAGCAGGCCAACGUCGGUGGUGGUGGCACACGAAACAACGACUGGUGGCCAAAUGGUUUGAAGUUGAACAUCCUCCGCCAGCACUCGAACCUCACCAACCCUAACGACAAGGACUUUGAAUAUGCACAAGCAUUCAAGACCCUUGACUACGAUGCAGUUAAGAAAGAUCUCAAUGACUUGAUGACCAACUCACAAGACUGGUGGCCAGCUGACCACGGUCACUAUGGUGGUCUUUUCAUCCGAAUGGCAUGGCACAGUGCUGGCACAUACCGUGUCUUCGAUGGCCGUGGAGGUGGUGGUGAUGGUCAGCAACGUUUCGCACCACUCAACAGCUGGCCAGACAAUGUCAGUCUCGACAAGGCACGUCGACUGCUUCAGCCCAUCAAGCUGAAGUACGGCAACAAGCUUUCCUGGGCUGAUCUCAUGCUUCUCACUGGAAACGUUGCCAUCGAAAACACUGGAGGCAAGACCUUCGGUUUUGCUGGUGGCCGUGCCGAUACCUACGAAGCCGACGAGUCCGUAUACUGGGGUGGCGAGUCUACCUGGCUAGGAAACGAAGUCCGAUACGAGUCAGGUCAGCCAGGUGUUGCAGGCCACGGUGUCGUUGAUGGUGACGAGGGUCCAAAGAAAGAGCACAGCGACAUCCACACCCGAGAUUUGGAAGAGCCUCUCGCUGCUGCUCACAUGGGCCUGAUCUACGUCAAUCCGGAAGGUCCUGAUGGUAUCCCAGAUCCUGUCGCUUCAGCUCGUGACAUCCGAGAGACCUUCGGCAGAAUGGCUAUGAAUGAUGAGGAGACUGUUGCCCUCAUUGCCGGUGGUCACACUAUUGGUAAGACACAUGGUGCAGCUUCGUCAGACAACGUCGGCAACGAGCCUCAAGCUGCCAGCAUCGAGCAGCAAGGCUUCGGAUGGCACAACAAGCACGGCUCAGGAAAGGGUCCUGAUACAAUCACUAGCGGUCUCGAGGUCAUCUGGACUGCCACACCAAAUAAGUGGAGCAACCACUACCUCGACUACAUGUUCAGAUUCGACUGGGAGCUCGAGAAGAGUCCAGCUGGUGCCAACCAGUGGGUUGCCAAGGACGCUGACGCCUUCGUCCCUGACGCUUAUGAUCCAAACAAGAAGCAUAAGCCACGAAUGUUGACUAGUGAUCUUGCCCUCCGAUUCGAUCCAGCAUACGAGAAGAUCGCUCGCCGCUUCGCCAACGAUGAGAAUGCUUUCGGUGAUGCCUUCGCAAAGGCCUGGUUCAAGCUUCUCCAUCGUGACAUGGGUCCACGAACCCGAUGGGUUGGACCUGAGAUUCCCAAGGAGGUUCAGUUAUGGGAAGAUCCAGUCCCAUCAGUCGACCAUCCAUUGAUCGACGAGAGUGACAUCGCUCAGCUCAAGAAGGACAUUCUCGCCACAAGAAUGACACAAGAGUCGCUCAUCCAGACCGCUUGGGCUGCUGCUUCGAUCUUCAGAGGCAGUGACAAGCGAGGUGGUGCCAACGGUGCUCGUGUCCGCCUCGAACCUCAAAAUAAGUGGAAGGUCAACAACCCAGGUCAGUUGAUCCAGGUCUACUCCGCCCUGGAGAAGGUUCAGGAGAGCUUCAAUAGCUCAGCUUCUGGUGGCAAGAAGGUCUCAUUGGCUGAUCUGAUCGUGCUUGGUGGUGUUGCCGGUAUUGAGCAGGCUGCUGGUGUCUCAGUGCCUUUCACUCCUGGCCGCACUGAUGCCACACAAGAACAGACUGACGUCCAGUCAUUCACGCAUUUGGAACCCAAGCACGAUGGUUUCCGAAACUUCGGUACUGGCACCAACAGAGUGACCACUGAGCAGUUCCUCGUUGACAAGGCACACUUGCUCACCCUUAGCCCUCCAGAGAUGACUGUUCUACUCGGUGGUAUGAGAGUACUCAACCAGAACUACGACAGCUCGCCUCACGGUGUCUUGACUAAGCGACCAGGCAAGCUCACCACUGACUUCUUCGUUAACCUGCUCGACCUGAACACUAUGUGGGCACCAAAUGCCAACGACAAGGAAGUCUUUACUGGUACUGACCGAAAGACUGGCGAGACCAAGUGGACUGCCACCAGAAACGACUUGGUCUUCGGCUCUCACCCCGAGCUGCGAGCAUAUGCUGAGGUCUACGCCGCCUCCGAUGCCCACGACAAGUUCGUCAGAGACUUCGUGAAGGUAUGGGACAAGGUCAUGAUGCUUGACCGAUUCGACGCCAAGUACUCCGAGAAGGGCAAGUACCAGGCUCGUCUGUAA